AUGAAUACUUGGCCCCAGGAGCAACAUCAAGCCCAACAUGAACCACCUUGGGCUCAGGCUGUUCCACCUCAGCCCACACAGCAGUCAAAUUGGCCACAACCCACUUCCAGCACUCCACCCCAACAACAAGUAAAUUCAUGGCCUUCUACUCAGGCACAGCCUCAAACACCUGUCAGCAUCUGGACGCCACAGUCACAGCAUGCACCUAUGAAUGCCUCCACAUCUAUAGUAAAUACCCAACCAUCUCCAAAACUCUGGCAUCCACCACAAAAUCCUCCGCAAAACCAGAUUCCUCCUCCUCCACCUCGCCGAAUGCCCUCGUUCACUGUUGGGGAAAGAGCAUCAUCACCAGUUAAUCCAAUGGCCACAGUCUUAAAUCCUAAAACAUCAGCAGGUACAGCUUUUGAAAUGCCAGUUGUUAAAGGCAAAGGAGCUGACAUGUUCGCCAAGCGGCAGUCUCGAAUGGAGAAGUUUGUUGUGGAUUCUGAGACUGUGGAAGCAAACAAGGCAAGCCGGUCAACAUCACCUGCAGCUUCCCUACCGAUUGAAUGGAAAUAUACUCCCAACGCAGUUGGCAGAAGCUACUCCCUUUCGCCACCAGCCAGGGUGUUAUCCUCAGGCCAGAAAUCAGCCUCUGCUUCUUCUUCGCCCAAGCCUCCAAUUCGAGCCUACACAGCUCCCCCAGCAAGGCAGACAUCCUGGCUGGAAAAAGGCUUCAAACCCCUCAGCCCCUGGGAGGCUGCUUCCCGCCAUCCCCAGGGCUUGGUAGAAGAGGCGUUUGCUUUUCAGAAUCUCCAGCAAUCUCUCAUUUCAAAUGUUCAUUUGGCAGCCCACCGUAAAAUGCUUCCCAAGGUGCCAGCAGAAUGGAGGGCCAGGGUUUCUUACCAAGCCCAGCAGAAAAUAGGCAGUCAGACUUGGAGUCAAAGCCAAAGUCAGAGUCGUGCUCCACUUUCAUCAUUCAUGCCCCAAGCAAAGAGUCUUGUUUCCUCCCCUGUCAGGAGUCAAGUGAGUUACAGGUCUCUGCCCAGACAGUGGCAGCCUCAGAGGUAUGUGGCAGAGGCAAACCUGAGGCCCUCUGCAUCUUUGUCUGAGUGGAACAAGCGCUUGGAAAAACAAGCUCACAAGUCUGUGUAUACCAGCAGUACCCACAGUUGGAGG